GUGCUGCUGUCUGGACUGAUUGGAGUUGUGUCCUGGAAGAGGCCUCUCUCGUUGGUGAUCACCUUCUUCAUGUUGCUGUCAGCUGUGUGUGUGAUGCUGAACUUGGCUGGGUCCAUCCUGUCCUGCCAAAACGCCCAGCUGGUGAACUCCCUGGAGGCCUGUCAGCUGAUCAAGUUUGACAGUGACGGAGUGUGUGUGUGCUGUGAGCUGCAGCACCCAAGCUCUGGCUGCAACAACCUGGGAGAAACUCUCAAACUCAACCCUCUGAGGGACUGCAACACCAUCCGCCUGCGCCUCAAGGAGCUGCUGUUCAGUGUAUGUGCCCUGAAUGUCAUCUCCACCAUCGUCUGUGCCCUGGCCACUGCCAUGUGCUGUAUGCAGAUGGUGUCAGCCGAUGUCCUGCAGAUGUUUAUGCCACACAGAUCACGUGUAAUGAAUGCAGACUGCAUGACCCCCCACGGCACCAUCCUGCACCAGACCCUGGACUUUGAUGAGUUCAUUCCACCUAUCCCCCCACCACCCUACUACCCCCCGGAGUACACCUGCUCUCCAAUGAUGGAGGCACAAAGAGGGCUGCACCUGGACUUCCCUCACUCCCCUUUCAGUGCUAUCUACGGCGUGCCCAUCAACAGUCCCGGGAUCCUGUACCCCUCUGAGCUGCCCCCUCCCUAUGAGGCUGUGGUGGGACAGACCCCAGCUAGUCAGGUCACAACCAGCCUGGACCAGCAGGCCACAGAGUCUAGCUUCUGUGAGAGGAACACCACAGCUGGCCUCAGUGCUCAGGCCUCUGUGGAUAGCACCUCCCUCAUGGUGUCAGAGGUGGCGGACCUGCCUGACCACAGCUGCUCCUCGGAAGACCUGUGCUCCCUGGAGGUGCAGGGUUCCCUGCACUCGCCAUCUGACGUGUCCCCCUAUGGCACGCUGUGCGCCGCCCCCACCGACGGAAGCUACGCCAGCCUGGAGCACAGCGCCCGCUGCUCGCUGAGACGCCGCAGUCCCGCCUGCGACAAUGACGACGGCGGGCACAGCGAGUCCUCGCACGCACAGGACUCCCGCACCCAGGACCACUCGCCUGACUGGUCCUCGGAAAACACCAGCGUGCCGGAGCGCGAGGAGCCCGCCGGAGCCGUGAUCACACGAACCAGAGAGAAAUCCAGUAGGAAGCUAGCAUUUUCUCCACCUUUUGCUCCUCCCCCUCCUGCCUCUGUCUCCGCCCCCCAAGCCCCAAUGGGCAUGGCUUCAGCUCCCAGUGCCCCUGCGUGCCCCUCCCUGUCUCCCCGGCUACGCAGCCACAGGCUGUGCUUCAGCGUGUGGUCUCCCUCGUCCUCUUCCUCCUCUGCCUCGCAGCUCCCCUCCAACUCUGCACUCAGCUGCCCUUCUCCCUCUGAACGACCCCGCCCACACUGGCCCGGCAGGAGGUACCGCAAGCUUGCCCAAAUGGUGCGCUCUACCAGUGACCCCAUCUCCUGUACCUCCCUCUCUGGAAGUGACAGCUGUGGCUGCGCCUCUGCCAGCAACUUGCCUCCUGAAGACUCCCCACAGACUUCGCCUGAGCCAGCUGAGUACUCAGAAUACACAGCGGUAGUGGUGUCUCACCAGGGUUCAGCCAAACACAGCAUCCUCAGCAGCAGAAAGCAGAAGGACAGCGCUAAAGUGGACAUCCGUCUCAAGCCCCGGGGGCUGCAGGCCAUUUCAAAAGAGCGCCCGCACUCCUUGGCUGACCUGAAAACCUACAAAGACACCAAAAUACUGGUGGCCAAAUUCCUGGAGCACUCCAGCUGCAGCCUACCUCCGGAGGUCCAGCAAGUGGUCAACAGCAUCAAGUUUGUUAUCCAAUCCGACCAGAGGCACAUGGAGGAGGCCAUAUUCAGUGCAAACAUCAUCGACCAGGUGAUGACACAGUCGCCACGCAGAGUACGCAGCCUCAGGAAGCGUGCCCAGGAAGACCUGCACUUGCAGAGCUGUGGAGCUCUAAGCUCCCCCUCCUCUUCCCUGCGUCGCCACCGUGCCCCUCGGCCGCCCGCUCCACCUGGCUCCUCGCUUUCUGACCGCCCUCACAGCCUCGUCAGUUUGAGUCGUGAAACAAUCCUCUGAUUGGUCCACCUGGCACUCACUUGGCCCCACAA